AUGUGCGGGAGCCUCUGUUUGAGAACCCUCUGUCCUCUGUUUGAGAACCCUCUGUGUGUGCGGGAGCCUCUGUUUGAGAACCCUCUGUGUGUGCGGGAGCCUCUGUUUGAGAACCCUUUGUGUGUGCGGGAGCCUCUGUUUGAGAACCCUCUGUGUGUGCGGGAGCCUCUGUUUGAGAACCCUCUGUGUGUGCGGGAGCCUCUGUUUGAGAACCCUCUGUGUGUGGGGGAGCCUCUGUUUGAGAACCCUGUGUGUGUGGGGGAGCCUCUGUUUGAGAACCCUCUGUGUGUGGGGGAGCCUCUGUUUGAGAACCCUCUGUGUGUGGGGGAGCCUCUGUUUGAGAACCCUCUGUUUGAGAACCCUCUGUGUGUGCGGGAGCCUCUGUUUGAGAACCCUUUGUGUGUGGGGGAGCCUCUGUUUGAGAACCCUCUGUGUGUGCGGGAGCCUCUGUUUGAGAACCCUUUGUGUGUGGGGGAGCCUCUGUUUGAGAACCCUCUGUGUGUGCGGGAGACACUGUUUGAGAACCCUCUGUGUGUGCGGGAGCCUCUGUUUGAGAACCCUCUGGAACUCUAG